AUGAAGGCUGCCUACACCGCCUAUCGAUGCCUCACCAAAGACCUAGAAGGCUGCGCCAUGAACCCGGAGCUGACAAUGGAAAGUCUGGGCACUUUGCACGGGCCGGCCGGCGGCGGCAGCGGCGGGGGCGGCGGCGGGGGCGGCGGGGGCGGCGGCGGGGGCCCGGGCCAUGAGCAGGAGCUGCUGGCCAGCACCAGCCCUCACCACGCGGGCCGCGGCGCCGCUGGCUCGCUGCGGGGCCCGCCGCCGCCGCCAACGGCGCACCAGGAGCUGGGCACGGCGGCAGCGGCGGCAGCGGCGGCGUCGCGCUCAGCCAUGGUCACCAGCAUGGCCUCGAUCCUGGACGGCGGCGACUACCGGCCCGAGCUCUCCAUCCCGCUCCAUCAUGCCAUGAGCAUGUCCUGCGACUCGUCCCCGCCCGGCAUGGGCAUGAGCAACACCUACACCACGCUGACGCCGCUCCAGCCGCUGCCGCCCAUCUCCACCGUGUCGGACAAGUUCCACCACCCGCACCCGCACCCGCACCCGCACCCCCACCACCACCACCACCACCACCACCACCACCAGCGCCUGUCGGGCAACGUCAGCGGCAGCUUCACCCUCAUGCGCGACGAGCGAGGGCUCCCGACCAUGAACAACCUCUACAGCCCCUACAAGGAGAUGCCCGGCAUGAGCCAGAGCCUGUCCCCGCUGGCCGCCACACCGCUGGGCAACGGGCUGGGCGGCCUCCACAACGCGCAGCAGAGCCUGCCCAGCUACGGGCCCCCGGGCCACGACAAAAUGCUCAGCCCCGACUUCGACGCGCACCACACUGCCGUGCUGACCCGCGGUCUGGGCACCCCGCCCGCGGCCAUGAUGUCGCACCUCAACGGCCUACACCACCCGGGCCACGCUCAGUCCCACGGGCCGGUGCUGGCGCCUAGCCGUGAGAGGCCACCCUCGUCCUCUUCGGGAUCGCAGGUGGCCACAUCAGGCCAGCUGGAGGAGAUCAACACCAAAGAGGUGGCCCAGCGCAUCACCGCCGAGCUGAAGCGCUACAGCAUCCCACAGGCGAUCUUUGCGCAGAGGGUGUUGUGCCGGUCUCAGGGGACUCUCUCCGACCUGCUCCGGAACCCCAAGCCGUGGAGUAAACUCAAAUCUGGCAGGGAGACCUUCCGCAGGAUGUGGAAGUGGCUGCAGGAGCCCGAGUUCCAGCGCAUGUCUGCCUUACGCCUGGCAGCGUGCAAACGCAAAGAGCAAGAACCAAACAAAGACAGGAACAAUUCCCAGAAGAAAUCCCGCCUGGUGUUCACCGACCUCCAACGCCGAACGCUCUUCGCCAUCUUCAAGGAGAACAAACGCCCAUCCAAGGAGAUGCAGAUCACCAUUUCCCAGCAGCUGGGCCUGGAGCUUACGACCGUCAGCAACUUCUUCAUGAAUGCCCGGCGCCGCAGCCUGGAGAAGUGGCAGGACGAUCUGAGCACAGGGGGCUCCUCGUCCACCUCCGGCACCUGUACCAAAGCGUGAUGGAAGGACUCUCAGUUGGGCACAAGUCACCUCCAAAUGAGGACAACAGAUACCAAAAGAAAAUGCAAAGGAAAAAGACGCUGGAUUCUUAGCUGGGGCCCUUCACUGGUGAUUUGAAAGCACAAUUCUCUUGAAAAGAAAAUUCUAUUCUAGCUGUAAUCAUAGGCCAGGUGUUCUUUUUGUUCAUUGGUUUUUAGUGGCCAUGGAGUCCAAGUGCAAGCUGAAAACCAAUCUCUUUGAACCGGACAUUGUCCUCUGAGCGAGUGUGCUAAGCACCCCAGAAACCCAAAUGGGGCCUUUCUGCAGCAAGUCAGUUUCAGUGUGGUGUCAGUCAAGCUCAGGAUUGCUUAGAAUGUCAACGGUCCCACUUUGAGUCCUGUCAACCUCUUGCAGUCGAAGUUCCCAUGAGUAAUAGUGGGACUUUGGCCUGUGUAAGGACUCUGAGUCUGGGUUCCCAAGAUGCUACAAUAAGAGAAGAAUCUAGCAACAAGAAUGACCUCAUUUGCUUUCCAAGUGCUUAGCCUCAUCAUACCAUAGUUCACCAACGUUCACAGCCAUAACAUAAAAAGACAUCAGAAUGACAAUUACUGAGCACAAGUUUUAAAUAUGGAAGUUAAAAAAAAGAAUCCGAGGACCUGUUUUUCCAACUCAGGCAUCUUUUUCAUUGAAUGGUUUAGAAAGCUUUAAGUUGAUCCAGUUUACAAUUUUCUUUUCCUUACCUCCUGGAAAUCUCACGUAGUCUUGGAUCCAUCA